AUGAAUAACAUUAUUUACAGGAAAACUGUUGAAGAACCACGAGAGAUUUCUUUAGGAGCGCCUCCAUCGCAGAUACUUGGACAAGCUGUGUCGGAUGGCAUGUCGCAGUCGCGACUAUCCUUGUUGAAGGCAUUUGCUCCGCUGGAGCAGGGCAAUUUGCCGUCCACGCCGCCACCAACGACGAUGACCGAGGCUCCAAAGCUCUUUCCAGACUUUGGCGGUGGAUUCGGAAUGCCUAGAGGUUGA